GUACCAUCAAGAUUUCAGCAGGUCAUUAGAGGAGAUAAUAUUUCCAUUAUUUCACCAGUUGACUCAGAAUUAGUUUUGCAAUACCUUCUAUUUCAGUGGCGCUGCCUACACGUCUUUCUCAGCCAAACAAGUUUCCGUCAUCCUUGAAUCAUUAACCACUUUCAUACAAUAUGUAAAUCAGUCAUUGCUGCAUUGAGCUACAUUCUACAGAGCUUGAACCUUUUAGCAGAUCAUGUUCAAGAAGCACCUAUUAAGAGACAAUACCCAUUCUACAGAAUGGAUGUGAAUGGCACCAGGGAAUUCUUGGAGAUAUCUAAAUCCCUAGAAAAGUAUUACAUUUCUACCAUGUAUGCUUUUGAAUUCAUAUUCGGCAUCAUCGGCAAUAGCAUUGUUGUUUUUGGCUACAUCUUCUGCCUCAAGACCUGGAGAAGCAGCAACAUCUACCUGUUCAACCUAACACUGUCCGAUUUUGCAUUUCUAUGCACACUUCCAUUGCUGGUGUCAAGCUACUCAGAAGGAACAUGGUCCUAUGAGAUUACUUGGUGCCAAACCAACAGGUUUCUCCUGCAUGCGAACUUAUACACAAGCAUCCUCUUCCUUACCUUGAUCAGCAUGGACAGGUAUCUGCUCAUGAAAUAUCCCUUCAGAAACCACUUUCUACAGAAGAAAAGCGUAGCCACUGUUUUCUCAAUUGCCGUAUGGGUUUGGGUUAUAUUGGAACUGUCGCCCAUGUUCAUAUUCAUUGCAGUUCAGAAUGACACGAACUAUAAGCAAUGUAUGGAUUAUGCAAGUUCGGGAAAUGCCGUUAAUAGCCUGAUCUACAGCAUGAGCUUGACAGUCACUGGGUUUAUUAUCCCACUGUGUGCAAUGUGCUUUUUUUACAUGAAAAUGCAUGCCUUCCUUAAAAGCCGUAGUUUAGAGCUCACUGCUGCUCAGACUCUUGAGAAGCCUCUCACCUUAGUCAUCAUGGCUCUGGGAAUCUUUUCACUGCUGUUCACUCCCUAUCACAUCAUGCGCAACAUUAGGAUUGCCUCCCGGAUUGAAUUUUGGGAGCUUCCCCCAUGCACAAAGGACCUUAUCAAUGUGAUUUACAUUACUACAAGGCCUAUUGCCUUUUUGAACAGUGUAAUUAACCCCAUUUUUUAUUUCUUAAUGGGGGAUCACUUUAGGGAGAUGCUGAUGAACAAAGCAAGACAUCUCUUUAAAAUGUUUUCACCUUGCUGCAAGUGAAGUGAAAUGCAGCUGUUGGACUGAUGGGAACCACAUGGGAGACUGAACAACUUUGUUUUGUUGGUACACAAUUAUUUUUACUUGGGGAUUAGAUUUCAUUAAGGGCUUCGGCCGUCAGUACGUGGAUCACAUGCAACUGCCUAGCCUUCUUUAAGCGCCUGACUCCAAGUACUUAUUCAAAGCUACAGUUGGAUUAAAUUAAGAAGAGAAAUGAAGCCUCCUUCCUGUAUAGAACUAUACUACUGUUCUUAUCCCUGACAUUGCAUGGCCAGGUUAGCCUUGCCCCUGAUAUCUGCGCUUGGGAGUAUGGAUGGCUGAAGAUGAGUGUUGAGCAGAUGCUCAAGCACAGAGCUCUUUUUCAGAUGUCCAGAUUCAAUGUGAAGAUAUGAAGAUGUCAGGUCAAAAUUAGCCCAUCCCCAUGACGUCAGGGUUGAGGCCAGAGGCUUGGUCCCACUCCUUGUUCUGCAUAAGUCACAUAUGUCAUGUGUGCUCUUACUCCUCCUGUUCAGUCCAAGUGUAAUUCUGAACAGGCACUUGGAUUCAACAAUGAGUUUUGUUAGAUGCAAAAUGAAGUCAAUCCAGACUAGAGACUGAUGGAUCUGUUACUGUUGGUUUCUCUCAGUUUUUCAGUCUUAAGCCCAGUUUGCCCCAUUUCCACAUCAGCUUGCAAUUUUAAAAAAAGUCUGCACAAAAAUGUGUAUCUCUCCUGAUAUACUUAGCUUGGUGUGCAAUUUUGCCUAACAUGCACAAUUUUGCAAGCAAUUUCCCCUACCACAAUGGGUUUUUUUGCACAUUAUUUUCAUGAAUAUAUGCAUUUUUGUGUUCACUUCUUUCUCACAUGCACUUCUUUGUGUAUGUGUUUUUUUGUUGGAGAACUGCACUGCGAAAUUAGGAGAAGUGCAAAUUUUGAAGGAUUGUUUUCUUUUGCAUAUUGGUUUGAGAAAUGAGAAUUGGGAAGAGCUACAUUAAAAUGAGAACAAAUUUCUCCCCAGCCGUAACCCAAACAAAAUGUUAUCUGAUUGUUUAUCAGACUAUGAAAAGUUAUCCAACUUGUUAUGAGCAGAGUUGCACUUCAUCUUAAAGAUCAGGUUUUAGAACUAGCGGUGUUGGCGGUGGAUUCACAACUGGCAUCUGGAACUCAAAGGGCUUUUCAUCAGCUUUGGUCAGUGUGCUAUCAGCAUCCUUUUCUGAAAAGAAAUAACUUUGCUGUAGUGAUCUAUGGUCCAGUAAUAUUCAGCCUGGAUUAUCGCAAUGAACUUUUUUGUAUGGGGUUGCCUAUGAAAAGUGCUCAGGAAUGUCAACUGAUGCAGAAUACAGCAGCCAAGCUGUUAACUGGUUUUAAUGUUUAAAGAGGGCUGGAAACCUUUGGCCCUCCAGAUGUUGUUCAACUCCAACUCCAUUGUCCAUGCUGGCUGUGGCUGAUGGGAGUUGGAGUUCAACAGCAUCUGGAGGGCCAAAGAUUCCCCAGGCCUGGUUUAAAGUGUUAAAUAGCAUGGGACAUCAAUAUCUAAGCAAUCCGGUAUCUGUAGGACUGCCUUCUCCCAUGAAACCCUGCCCAUCAAGUGAGAUCUUUUUUUCCUCCAAAUGACCUUUCAGAGGUUAGGCAGGUUAGGCAAGUGGGUGCUGUCAAGAGGGAGUUUUCUGUGGCAGCACCCCAAUUAUGGAAUUCUUUCUGUAGAAAUGUUUGACUAAUGUCAUCAUUGCUACCUUUCAUAUGCUGGGCUAAUUCCAUUCUUUUUUUGCAAAAUUUAAUUAGUACUAAAUAUCCUUGUCUUGAGGUGACUGCCUUUAUUCGUAUAUAUUGUUUGGUAUUUUAUAUGAACUUUGUUUCAUACGUUCCAAAUGCUAUCCACAUGUUCAAUGAGCACAUAUGAGGUGAAGUGGUAAUGUGGCAUCAUUGCAUACAUGCCAGUAUCUAUCACCCUUUCCCACUCUGUGCACCUGAUUGACUGCUUAGAGGAGUGGCCCAUGUGUCUGAAAUGGGCUAUUUUAUUUACUGAUUUUGUAUGCUGCCUUGAGGGCUUUUUAGUGGAAAGAUGGGGUGAACAUUUCUUAAAUAAACACUCUUGAGAACUA